GAAAAAUAGCGGGAUGGCAUUUACUUAAAGAGAGAUUUAAAAAUAUUUCUGUGUAGAUUUUAACUAAUGAAUUAACUAUAUAUUUAAAAUUGGUGACUUUUCCACAUAAUAAUUAUGAAGAUUAAAAAACAGACAUUUGGACCAAACCUUCAUGCUGAUCACUAACAGAUGAAUUAGCACUGGCAAAUUCAUCUCAUAAUCUAUCUCUAUAGGAAAAAGAAAUGCAUGCUUUGUCAUCAAUAAAGCAUGGAGAAUCGAACCACAGUGCCUUAUUUUCUGCUUCUGGAAUUAUCUAAAAAUCGCCAUCUGCAGCUUUUGCAUUUCUUCUUCUUUUUUGUGUUAUAUCUGGCAACUGUAACAACAAAUUUUCUCAUCAUCUCUGCAAUAGCUUUUGACCAUCGACUGCACAGCCCCAUGUACUUCUUUCUCAUGAAUUUAGCUCUGCAGGACCUGGGUAUUGUUUCAGUCAUUGUCCCCAAAUCCAUGAUAAAUUCUCUUUUGGACACCAGACACAUUUCUUAUUUUGGUUGUGUUGCUCAAUAUUUUCUCUUUCUCUGCUUUGAAGCUUCUGAUUUAUCCCUCCUGACUGUCAUGGCAUAUGAUCGGUAUGUUGCCAUUUGCCACCCACUGCACUAUGAGAUGGUGAUGAAUUGGAAAUCCUGUACCGAAAUCAUAAUUCUAGUGUGGGUUGCUGGUCUCCUCUAUGGAAUGUUGCAUACCACUGGCACUUUUUCCAUCCUUUUUUGUUCUAAUGUAGUUAAUCAAUUUUUCUGUGAAAUUCCACAGUUGUUAAAACUAUCCUGUUCUGGAUUAAAUCUACUUGAGGCUGGAAUUCUUGUGGCCGGUGUUAUUGCUGCACUAGGUUGUUUUACUUUUAUAAUUGUUUCAUAUGCUGUGAUCUUCAAGGCAGUGUUUAGAAUCCCUUCUGAACAAGGAAGGCAAAAAGCUUUAUCCACCUGUAUUCCUCACCUCACAGUAGUGACUAUGUUCUUUUUAAGUGGAUGCUUUGCCUACCUGAGACCUGCCUCUAACACCCCAUCUUACUUAGAUUUGGGGUUGACUGUUCUGUAUUCACUUCUUCCACCUCUGUUCAAUCCAAUUAUUUAUAGCAUGAGACUGGUGUGGCCCUCAAUGAAAUUCUGCUAUGGCAAAACUAGAAGUCACUGCGUCCUGGUUUCUAGUGUGGUGCCUUAAGCGCUACAUCAAACAGGUUCUCACUCAUUUUAGCUCAAGAGUAUUUUUUCUUUCAUUUAGAAGUGCUUUGGCAAAACUAGACCUUUGGCAUGGUGGGCAGGAUGGGUGAGUUCAUACUAUUUUCCAUAAUUUUUUUGUAACCAGAACAAUAUGAAAAAGCAAGAAGUCAGUUUCAUAACUGUAAUAGAUGAUCAUAUAAGCUUAAGGGUUUCCAAAUGGCUGGUAGGCGGGAAGUAUCAUCUUGUUUGUUCAUGCUGUGUGGGCGUUUUUCUAUCUCGAUGGCUUCUCUGAUUAUUCUGUUAUUAAAAUGUUCAG